UAUUAAACAGUUUUUUAAUUUAUUUUUAUAACAAUGAGAUUUUCAAAAUUAUUUACGAGUGCUAGACUGUUACGAAAUUGGGUGAAUUAUGGCAAAGUGAACACACGGCUAUGUUGUAUGCCUGCUUUACCAAAACAAGAGGAUAUCGGGAGUAAUGAUGCAUGUAGCAACACUGUGAAGGGCCUGGUCCUGUGCGUAUAUCAGACGAACAAGAAGUUCGAAUUGACGCGCACCGCAGAAGAAUUCAACCAGAAGUGCAAUGGCAAGUUGAUGCAACAUUUAAACACUUUAAUUUGUGAGAUGGAGUUGGGGAAGGCGUUUGCGUUCACGGACAUUGCGCCUGAGUAUGCCGCGGUCGUGAUCGCUUCCAUUGGCCCUAAGGACGCCUCCUACAAUGCGCUCGAGUCACUCGAUGAAGCUAGGGAGAACCUCCGCUGGGGUAUAGGCGCGGGCGUGCAGCUGCUGAAGAAGCGCGGUUGCAGUGUCAUCGAGGUGGACCCCGGGAACGCGCCCGACGCCGCCGCUGAGGCCGCCGAGCUGGCCGCCUGGAGAUUCCAAAGAUUUAAAUCGGUGACUGAGCGUAAGUCAGAGGUCCGCGUCACCAUGUAUGGCAAGGAGGGCAUCGAGCUGUGGCAGGAGGGGUCCAUCUUCGGGCGCGCGCAGAACUGGGCGCGCUACCUGUCCGACAUGCCAGCUAAUAAGAUGACGCCCGUCGACCUAGCUCAGGCGGCGCUGGACACGCUGUGUCCGCUGGGCGUGUCGGUGUCCGCGCACGGGCGCGAGUGGGUGGCGGCGCAGCGCAUGCGCGCGUUCCUGGCGGUGGCGCGCGGCUCGUGCGCGGAGCCCGCGCUGGUGGAGUGCAGCUACCGCGGCGCGCCCGCGCAGCGCCCGCCCGUGCUGCUGGCCGCCAAGGGGGUCACCUUCGACAGUGGCGGCCUGUGCCUGAAGGAGUGCCACACAAUGACGGAAAACCGCGGCAGCAUGGCCGGCGCCGCCGUCGUCUUCGCCGCACUCAAGAUCCUCGCCAAGCUCAAGGUGCCAAUAAACGUGCAGGCAGUGGUCCCUAUCUGUGAGAACAUGAUCAGCGGGCAGUGCAUGAAGGUCGGGGACGUCGUGAAGGCGCUCAACGGACUCUCUAUUCAAAUAGAACACACUGACAUGGAGGGCAGACUGAUGAUGGCGGACGCGCUCGUGUACGGCCAGGCGCUGUACAAACCCGCGCUUGUUAUCGACGUCGCUACCUUCACACAGGGCGUGCUGAUGGCGACGGGCGGCGGCGCGUUCGGCGUGUUCAGCAACUCGGAGCGCGCGUGGAGGGCCUGCCGCGGCGCCGGCGCGCUCACCGGGGACCGCGCCUGGCGCUUCCCGCUCUGGCAGUACUUCCAGCACCAGAUCACCAAUGACCCGUCGGUUGAUUUGAGAAACAAAGGUGCCGGUCGAGCAACGCCCUGUCUUGGAGCUGCGUUUUUGAAGAACUUCGUGUGCGGCGAGUGGUUGCACAUGGACAUCACGGGCGUGGGCAAGGUGGCGCACCGCGGGCCGCCCUACCUGCAGCCGCGCCGCAUGGCGGGCCGCCCCGCGCGCACGCUGGCCGCGCUGCUGCGCGCGCUCGCCGCGCACGACACCGCGCACGACGCGCCCUGCCCUACGGGCUCUACUGCCUAACACCUGGCCUCUAGUCUGUUUAUCCCAACCGGUAGAUACAAGUCACAAAGUGUAACAGAAAUGCAUAAUUACAAUUAUCACUGCUGUGCAAUACUGUUUGUUCAUAAAUGCAACAUACCUUUUAAAAGCAACUAAUGAAGAGUACAACUAGGAUGGCAGUGAACUUCUAGAACGCCUACUUAGUGUUGUUCAAUUCAAAUAAAAAAUACCUCGAUAAUCCAAACAUUAAGUUAUGACCAUAUCUGAUCAAAAUUAACGUUACUAUUUAUUAACUAAAGAUUUACUCACAUAGGAUA